AUGUCUUUCCCAUCCCUCGAAUUGCUCCAUCUACCCUUAUUCAAGGCUCCCCCAGAAGGCGCUACCGACAAUGAGAGAAUCUAUAUCACUUACCAGCGCGCUGCUGCUAUUACCAAAGCUUACGGGAUGACAGCGGUAGAUAUUCUUAGCUGCAGCCCAAGAUUCUGGGAAUUUCAUCUGGAUCCUAUUGGAGCUGCAGAUGUCGCUACAUUUACGUUGAUGACCAUUCAAAUCAAUCUUGCGGCAGGAACCUUGGCCCCCUUUGCAGAGAGCCAACCGCAGUACCGAAAACUGUUGGAUCAGAUGUUGAAGUUUGAGAUUUCGGCACAGUAUAUGCUAACUGAGGUCGGGCACGGUUUGGAUGCAAAGAAUCUAGAAACAACGGCAACAAUGCUUCCAAAUGGAGAGUUCGAUCUAAACACCCCUGGCCUCAGUGGAGCGAAGAUCAUGCCACCAUCUUCCCCGGUAAAGGGUUUCCCGCGAGUUGCGAUUGUCUUUGCCCAGCUUAUUGUUUCUGGCGAAAGCCGUGGCAUCAGACCCUUUAUUACUUGGCUCAGCGAUGGGAAGCAGAUGUGUGAAGGUGUGACUGCAAAGUUACUCCCUAGGCGAGCAGCAUCAAAACCGGUGGAUCAUGCCAUUACCAGCUUUAACCAUGUCCGACUGCCCCAUUCAGCCCUAUUAGGGGCUCUGGAUAAGCCAAAAGACACGCCGAUGAAACGGAGUGUUUUCGUCGCAGGGAAGUAUAGCCAGCGCCGACAUAUAUUGGGGCCAGACCAGAAACCCAAGCCCAUCAUCUCUUUCCGAACUCAAUACGGUCCCAUCCUUCACGCAUUGGCCCAAAUCUCCGUUCUCGACGCAUAUACUCAGAAGAAUAUUCAGUAUUUCCAAGAUUCCAAUCUGGCAGCCCCGGUCCGACAUGCAAUUGGGGCUAUGGCGAAGGCUGUUUUGUACAAAACAUCUCAAGCCAGUCUCUUCACUCUGUCGGAGCGAUGUGGAGCGCAGGGCUUGUACGAGAACAAUCAUAUUAUUGAGUCGAUGUUGGAAACGCGUGGGAUGUCGAUCGCCGAGGGAGAUACCCUAGUGUUGAGUAUUCGAUUGACAUCGGAGCUCCUGCUAAAUCGAUACGAAAUGCCGCCUGCAAAGCACCCAAUGUCCUUUUUAGCAAAGUACGAACAAGGACUACUUGAUGAGCUUCGCGGGAUCACCAGCACCAUUUCAGGAGGUCACCGCGGAGAAGAUUAUGACCGCUUGAUUUUGCCAAAAUCCCAGGGAUUUGUUGAGGCCAUAGGAUACCGCAUAGCCUAUGAAGCGGCUAUAGAGGCUGGAGUUCAUCCUGACUUAGUGAUCCUGUUUGAGAUUUGGGUUAUGAUACAGGACCUAAGUUGGUUUGUUCAGCAUGCCAGUGUAACCCGAGAGCAAAUCUUCCAGAUGGAAGCUGAAAGAAUCAGCGCUGUUUUACCUCGGUUAAAUGAGCUGUUGGAUGCUACUGGUGCUGGGCCCUACUGUACUGCGCCUAUUGUAUCUCAGGCAUCGUGGGAACAUUUUGUUGACCGUUUGGAGACCAAGACAGGAAGUGCUACUACAAACAUCGGUCUCUUAAGGCGUGGGGCCAUGCUAUAA